CGAACCCGUUGCUGGGAGCGGUCACCUCUCGCGAUGCGGGCGGUGACCACCGCGCUGCUGCCGCGGGCAGCCCCGCUGCUCGCCGCCCUGGGCGCGGCCCAGCACCACGGCCGCUUCAGCCGCCGCUUCCACGCGCGGCCCUCCUUCGCGGGCCAGGAGCGGACCUGGCGCGCGGACCGGCCCGUCGGGCUGGACGGCGUGAACCGGAGCUGGCUGCCGUCCCCGACAGAACUCGAGGCCCAGCCGCUCGUGCGACGGUCGAAGCAGUUCGCCCGGGACCUGCGGAACUGGGGCCGCUACGCCAAGGCGCUGCGCUGCGUCGCGUGCAACGCGCCUGUAACAGAGGUGCGCACGCCGUGCGUCGGGCUCGGCAGCCUCGUGGUCAGCUUCGCGCAGGCCUACGCCCGGGCCGUCGCGGCGGGAAACACCACGCGGCUCGUGCAAGACCAAUGCGGGUGGUUCGCCAAGGACCAGUCGCGAAGCUGCUCCGAGCUGUUCGGGUGCUACGCGCCGUCGCUGCAGGAGGCGUGCCCGCCCGAGGCCUGCGGCGUCCUGGCGAAGCCGUCCGGCGUGAAGCUGCUGCGGAAGUGGGGGCCCACGCUGCACUUCAGCGCCGUGCUCUACCUCGCGCUCCACGGCCACCUGGGGCUAAACCGGGAGGCGCCGCCGCCCCUCGGCCGGGCGGACUGCGCCGUCGUCCACGUCCGCCGGGGCGACGCGUGCGUGAACACCAACCGGCGGUGCCACUCGAACGACGAAUACGUGGAGGCCGCCCGACAGCUGAAAGACGCGUACGGCCUCGAGUCCCUGCGCGUCGUCUCGGACGACGGGAACCUCCCCCUCGACCGGUGGCGGCGACUGGGGUACGACGUCGAAGUCCUGUCGCGGAGCGAAGCCUACGACGUGUCCCGGUCGGUGGCCGGCGCCGCGAAGAGUCUGCGAGACCACUUCCCGGAGAAACGCAUGGCGCGCGGGGAGCUGGGCCCCACCGCCACGCAGGACGCGCUGCGCGACAUGCUCGGGCCGCGGACGUUGGAGUGUCGUGCUCCGCGCGGAAAUAUAGACCAGCCGUCCGCGCCGGCAUACUCGUCCUCAGAUUUGAUUGCCGCGCAGGUCGCGCGUUCGUCGGGUCCUUUUCGGCGAGCAUGUCCAAGGCGAUCUUUGCCCAGUUGCUGAUCAGGCACCGGCGGGUGCCGCCCUUCGUCAGCGUCGGCGGCUGCGUGCGGCAGGCGCGCUUCUUCGACGCGGACGCGGAGGAGUACCCCCGCUGCGCGGCGAGCCCGCCCACGGAGGCCGAGCGGAGGCGCAACCGGGCCGCGGCGCUGCGGGAGCGCCGCGAGCGGUUCGGGCGGGUCCAGAACCGCGACACGCUCCGGGACCCGCCCGUGUGCGCCGCCAGGCUUCUGGGGAAGCGCGGCGUCCUGGCCGUCGCCGGCGCGGACCUCGGGGCCGCGGCGGCCACGGUGUUUUUCACGGCGGUCGUGAACCACGCGCUGCACGCCGAGCGCUUCGACCUGCUGCCGUGGGCGUCGCUGGGGCUCGCGGACAACCCCCUCGUGUACGACCGGGGGCGGCACGACGGCAAGCAGGGCCUCUGGGCGACGUACUUUGAGCCGCUCGAGAGUACCGCGCGGCGCCGCGGGGGGGCCUUCGCCGGCGCGCCGCGGCGACGGCGCCGCCCGCGCGACGCGCCGCCCGCGCAGGCGUCGCGCUGCGCCGCGCGUUCGACGACGGCACGAUCGCCGACCCGCGCGAUCCGGAGCGGGGCGACGUCGUCUGCGCGACGCUGCGGGCGCCCGAGCUCUGCGCGGAGCUAGACACGUGCCCCCGCGUCGCGUCGUCCGUCGCCCAGUUUUUCAACAAGACCGUCAACGCCAGCCAAGUGCCCGUCUUCCGCAAGUCCGGUCAGUGGCGCCUCUGGAUGCACAAGAAGGCCCCCUGGAACGUGAGGGCGUGGUACUACGGGCCCAAGCGGACCCUGCCCCGUAAUCUGACGACGUACAACGCGUCGUGGUUCGCGUCGCAGCGGAGCCGGGCGCAUCGCGCGUUGCAAAAGUACGUGCGGUUCCGGGCCGACGUCGUGAAGCGGGCGGCCGAGGUGCUGGACGCGCUGGCGUCGUCGAAAGAAACGGACUUGCUCGCGGUCCAAGCAGGCGCCAGCAAGUGCCUGGUCGGCGUCCACGCCCGCGGCACCGACGCGGACGGGCGGCGCAGCGUGCAGCCCGUGGAGGCCUACGUGGCGGUACUGGCGCCGGUGUGUAGCCAGCUGGGAAGCGCCCUCGCGGUCUACGUCGCGACCCGCGCGGAAAUCAGGCGGCGCGGCGCCUUCGGACGUCGGCUCUGACGGCGUCUCGGCGCUUGCGUCGUCGUCGAGGAUGAAUUUUCACACAGGUCGCGACGGACGACGUCGCCAUCGCCUCUCAUCCUCGCUGGCGCGCGUUAUCUUGCCGAGUGGCCGUGGCGUCCGGCGUCCGGCGCGGGUCCGACGGCAAGGCAGCCUUCGAGGUCCAUAAGGACCGGCACGCGACGAACGUCGAGGUGCUGACGGACGUCGCGGUGUUGUCUUCGGCCGACGCGCUGGUGCACGGCGCGUCGGCCGUUUCCGAGGCGGCGCAGUGGCUCGCGUGGCCGCCCGUGUGGAGACAACCCUGUGGUUCCGCGUCAGGGGCUUAUUGAUCUCCGCACAGGUGGCCCCGGCUCCACGGCGCGUCCGCGCAUCUCGAGUUUCCCCACGCGUCUCGGGUGAUUACGACGCGGCUGGUGGAGGCGUGCGCGGCGUCGGCCUCGAGCCAAUGGGUCGCGCGGCUGCGCGCGUGGACGUUGGCGCCGCUGGGCGAGGCCCCUACUUCAUCUGCCAGUGGUGCGGUUGUGUAAAG